UCCAACAAAGACACUCACUUACUGCAGGAGCUUGCUGAUCUUCUGUUAGAGCUAUCGUAUGCCAAAAGUGAAAGUUAUUUGCCGGGUCUUAGCUUUCUCGACACACCAAGGGGCAUAAACCCGAUAGUUGAAAAACUCCCAUAUGGACUCCAAGAGUCAUGGGUUACACAAGGUACCAAAUACAAAAGGGAAAACGGUGCAGUCUAUCCACCUUUUUCGUAUUUUGUUCGGUUCGUAAAUGACUACGCUGAAAUGAGAACAGACCCUAGCUUUAUGUUACAAUGUUCAAACGUAAUAAAUCCAAGGGUUGAUAAGACAUUAGUAAGACGAGACAAAUACAGAGUUCCAUUAGCAGUGAAUAAAAUAGAGAUCAGUUCGGCUAAAUUGACAGCACUUGAUCCAGACAAACAAUGUCCUAUCCACCAAAAACCACAUUCACUCGUCAAAUGCAGGGGGUUUAGAAUGAAAACACUAGACGAAAGAAAGAACAUUCUCAAAGAGCACGCCAUUUGUUUUAAAUGUUGUGCGUCCACAAAUCACAGGGCUCGAGACUGUAAAGCUACUAUCCAAUGCUCAGAAUGUGAUAGCGAUGCUCAUGUGUCUGCCAUGCAUGUUGGUCCACCUCCGUGGACACCUAAAGACUUUAACCCCCCAACCCAGAGUCAUGGCGGGGAGUCUGAGGGCCCAAAUCCUGUGAACACAGCCUGUUGCACAGAAGUAUGAAGGCAAGGCGUAAAAGGAAAAUCAUGCUCAAAGAUCUGUUUAGUUAAUGUAUAUCGCCGAACUUCUCCAGAAAAGAAAAAGAGGGUAUAUGCCAUGUUGGAUGAUCAGAGCAAUUCAUCCUUAGCCAGAUCUGCGUUUUUUGACAUGUUUAAUGUGCAAGGUACCAUAUUCCCAUACACCAUGAGAACAUGUGCAGGUUUAUCCGAGACACGAGGUCGCAAAGCUGAUGGCUUUGUUGUAGAAGAUGUAGAUGGUAAAGUCUUCAUGUUGCUGCCUACAAUAACAGAAUGUGAUCAGAUUCCAGACAAUAGAGACGAAAUUCCCAGCCCUGAGGUAGCAGCAGCUCACCCUCAUUUGCGAUCAAUCGCUUCACAGAUUCCUCCUCUCGACCCAUCGGCAGACAUUCUUCUGCUCCUGGGAAGGGACAUCAUUCAGGCUCAUAAAGUCCGUGGUCAGGUAAAUGGGCCAAACAAUGCACCUCAUGCCCAGCGUCUCGAUUUAGGAUGGGUUAUCAUAGGUGACGUCUGUCUCUCUGGGGCUCAUAAACCCACAUUGAACUCAUUUAAGACGAACGUUCUAAACAGUGGACGUCCCAUGUUCCUCAGUCCUUGCGAAAACACAAUCGUUAUCAAAGAGAAAUACACCAAAAAUGAUCCACUAAACACACAAGCUGAACUAGGACAACAUAUUUUCCAACAAACAACAAAUGACGACAAAGUUGCACUUUCGGCAGAAGAUGCGUUGUUCCUAGACAUUAUGCACAACAACUUUGCUAAAGAUGAGGCGAAUAACUGGGUAGCUCCACUCCCAUUCCGCUCACCUAGGCGGCGCCUACCUGACAAUCGGGAGCAGGCCUACAAUCGUUUAAUGUCGCUCCGCAAAACGCUGAGAAUAAAGCCUGAAAUGAGAGCGCAUUACGCUGAGUUUAUGGAGAAAAUAUUCAGCAAGGGCCAUGCCGAACCAGCGCCCGCACUGGCGCCAGAUCAAGAGUGCUGGUAUCUCCCUAGUUUUGGCGUUUACCACCCGCAAAAGCCAGAAAAAAUUAGGGUAGUCUUUGAUUCGAGUGCUCAACUUGACAAUGUUUCUCUCAAUGACGUGCUCCUCAAGGGACCAGAUCUUAACAACACUCUCGUAGGAGUUCUGAUGCAGUUUAGGUCCGACCCUUACGCCGUCAUGGCAGAUGUGGAGCAUAUGUUUCACAACUUUGUAGUUCGAGAAGACCACCGUAACUACCUUCGUUUCUUGUGGUUCCAAAAUCAUGACCUUGAUGGAAAAGUGAAACAAUUUAGGAUGACUCUCCAUGUGUUUGGUAAUUGUCCUUCCCCAUCAGUCGCCAUCUAUGGACUGAAAAGAACAGCCAUAGAAUGAGAAAUGGAAUUUGGCAGUGGCGCAAAAGAAUUAAUUGAACGGCACUUCUAUGUAGAUGAUGGGCUAAAGUCAUUCUCUUCCAUAGAGCAGGCCACUGAUGUUCUUUUUAGGGCACAAAAGAUGCUGGCCCAGUGUAACAUAGGCCUGCACAAAAUCUCAUCCAAUUGUCCUCUCAUAACAGGAGCCUUUCCAACUGAAGAUUGUGCCGUAGGCAUGCAAGGUCUUGACAUUGGGCAGACUACCCCACCAAUGCAGCGCAGUUUGGGCUUAGGAUGGGAGCUGUCGACUGACCAAUUCAAGUUUCAAGUGAGAAUCAUGGAGGCGACUACAUCUGGCAGAGUUUACUUAGGAAGGCUGUCCAAGAGACGCCUAAAUUUAGCCACUGCUGUAACGGAAAAAUCCAGGAAACCUAACAACUACACACACACAAAAGCAAGCAAAUGGAUACAAUUACUAUCGCAGCGUUUUUCUAGGAAAGGAAUCAAAAGCAGGAGGCAGUUGAAAACAGCAAGGAAUCCUCUGACACAAGCUCAUCGACUUUCCCUUGUCAAGAUUUACUUUUCUAAUUAAUUUGCACUGUUGAUAUCGUCUGCAC